AAAGUCGACCAGAAGACAUUUACUGCAGCGUUUACAGCAGACCAUCAGUUGUUUGACAGAGCUUACAAUCUGGUUCUAGACAUUUUUUCACCAUGACACCAAAGUCCUGCUUCACCAUCCUUCAUGUGUCCAUCUUGGCUGCGACACUUCUCACUUUGGAAGUUUCCUGUACAGAUGAGUGUCAUGUUCAAAUUAAAGUACGCCGAUACACAAAAUAUAAAGCUCACCUUGGAGAAGAACUAAAGAUUGACUGUCCAGUUACGUUCUGCGACGAUACACCACCUGAAAUCUCCUGGUUUAAACUCAACUUAACUGGUGAUCCUAUAAACAUUAGCGGGGGAAGUCGCUUCAAAUCAGAGUGGAAACCUUUGAAGCAUUUAGAGGGAGUUUCAGUUUUGAUCAUUCAAAACUUUGUCAGAAACGACUCGGGUAUAUAUUGGUGUGGAAGCAGUUCCAGUCUUGGACAUAAAAUCAAUGUUUCUGUCAAUGAUAGUGUUGAACUCAUCACCGACCAAUCGACAACUUCAGAGCCACGGAGACCAGAAACUGAGGACGCUUUCUGGCCUUUUGUGUGUCGUGUUAUUGGACUCUUGGUGUUUGUCGCCAUAGUGAUUGCUAUGUUUGUCACCUCACACUGUUUGCGUAAAG